AUGGCGGCCCUGCGGGUGCUGGAGCUGUACAGCGGCAUCGGGGGCAUGCACCAGGCCCUCAGAGAAAGCUGCACAUAUGCAGAAGUUGUAGCUGCUGUUGAUGUGAACACUCUUGCCAAUGAUGUUUAUAAGUACAACUUUCCCAGUACGCCGCUAUGGGCAAAGACUAUUGAGGGCAUAACACUGAAAGAAUUUGACAGGUUAUCUUUUGAUAUGAUUUUGAUGAGUCCUCCCUGUCAGCCGUUUACAAGAAUUGGCCUGCAAGGUGAUGUGUCUGAUCCACGGACAAAGAGCUUUCUCUAUAUUCUUAGUAUUCUUCCAAGGCUUCAGAAGCUUCCAAAAUACCUACUUUUAGAAAAUGUUAAAGGAUUUGAAUCCUCUUCUGCAAGAAAUGAACUUUUGCAAACACUAACAACAUGUGGAUUUAAAUAUCAGGAAUUUCUCUUGUCUCCAACCUGUCUUGGCAUUCCCAAUUCUAGACUGCGGUAUUUUCUAAUUGCAAAGCUUCACCAAGAACCAUUUCCCUUUCAAGCUCCUGGUCAAAUAUUGACAAGCUUCCCAGAUCAGGAUCCAGAAGAUUUACUCAAGGAAGAAGUUGCUGGCAAAGUGGGUGAAAACAGUUCUUCUUUGUCCUCUGAAGAGAAGAAUCUGGGUCCAAACAUUGGUCCAGAUUGCAGCAGCAAGAAAAGUUUACCAAAAGAGGCCUUUCUAUUUAAGCUUGAAACAGUAGAAGAAAUGGAAAGGAAACAUAAUCAGGAUAAUGAUUCCUCUAUUCAAAUGCUAAAAGACUUCUUGGAAGAAGAAAAUGAAGAAAUGAGUCAGUAUUUCUUACCACCAAAGUCCUUACUGCGCUAUGCUUUCUUGUUAGACAUUGUUGAACCCACCUGCCGGAGAUCCACGUGCUUUACAAAAGGGUAUGGACACUAUGUAGAAGGGACCGGCUCAGUUCUGCAGACAGCAGUAGAUGUACAGCUUGAAUCAGUAUUUAAAUGCAUUGAUGAGUUACCAGAAGAGGAGAAGCUUAUGAAAUUGUCAACACUAAAACUGAGGUACUUUACCCCAAGAGAAAUAGCAAAUCUUCAUGGAUUCCCUUCAGAAUUUGGUAUGUGCUGCAAAAUAACCACUUCUACAUUAUUCGUCAGAAAUGCCAAUGUAUUUUUUUUUUUUUUUACUGGGACUAAUCCAAUCUUUUUAUUUUGCAUUUUUUUCAGAUUGCUUGGUUCUUAUGAUUGAAUGAUUCUUGUUGUUUGGCUGACUGAAUUUCUCUAAAUUUCCACUAGUUUUUUUCAUGUUUUUUAAGAGUCAGCUUCGGUGAUGAGGUUCAUCUCCUUAAGCUAAGAAGAAGGUUUUGGCAUGCAAAAUGCUCUGUUAGUGAAGCGCAAUGAAGGAAUACUUUUGUUUAAAGUUUAAACUAUUUACUCAGCAGCCAAUGUUACUCACAACUGUGGUAAAUCAACAUUUACCAGCUUAGGAAGUCUAUUUGUGGUUCUCAGUGCUUGAGCUGCUUGCUUUCUCCCUUCCACACAUUUACAGCUGCUGACAGGGAAUUUCAGAUGAUACAGAUAGUUCUUUGUUGAGGAGUAACCAAUCUAUUAAGCCAUCUCUGUUUUGUAGAAAAGGAAGCCCUUGGUCAGUAACUUCAUUUUCUUAGUGGGUUUUUCUUUUUUUGAAAGAAGGAGUCAAGGAACAAGACUCAGCACUGUUGGUACACUGGAUACACAUCAAGAAUUAAACCUGAAGUAAAUUAAUCGGAAUUCUCCUUGUAAAAAAGGGCAAGCAGGAAAGUGUAGCAGUUACUAUCUGCUAAGAAACUGUCAGCUGACAGUCAUUUGACAAAUCAGAUUUGUUGUCACUCAGCAACAAAAGCAUCCUUGGAAUCAUGGAAGAGUUUGUGUUUGAAGAGACCUUAAAGAUCAUGUAUUUCCAACUCCCUUCCACCAAACCAGAUUGCUCAAAGAAUAAGACAGCAUUGACCUUCAGUAGUUUUAUUUUGUUUUGACUUCCUCAGUGACUUAGAGUUCUGAGAAAUGUGAUUUGUUUCUGUGUAUUUCACAGUUUUAGUUG